CACUAGAAUAACCAACCACUUUGCGAGUUCCAAGUAGCUCAAUACAGCUCAUUUCACCCCUUAAUAUUGAUUAGGAGAAAAAAGUUGAAUUUUUAAAGCCGAGUGAAUUACUUGCAGAUCACUGGGCGCUUCAAUGUUCCUCACUUCCUUUCCGCCGAUGAAAACUUCCCACUUUUGCUCCCCAAUCUCCUCGACUCUCCCCACUCUAUCUCGACCUCUCCUACACCGUUAUCGACACGCUCGGCCUCGUGCCCUGCCUUAUUCACAGGUACGGCCGCUAAUUUAGUUCCAUAACCGCCGCUAGGCAUUUCCGUUGUUGAAUCUGUUCCAUAAGCGCUACUGAUCUCCCCUAUAAUCUCUAGUUAUUGUCCGAAAAUCUGUUGAUUCGUGCUUAGCAACCAGUCAUGAGUUCCUGUAUUGCCAGAAAAGUUAUGAAAAUGGAGAUCGACAAGUCCAUUGCUCUUCAAAAACAAGUACGUGAUAAUGCUGAUACCCUGCGCAAUGAGUUCGUGGAUAUGAAGAAUUGGGAGCAGCAGAUGAAAAAAGCUGACAUGGAACUGAGAGGAUCUGUUGUGGACCACACUCAGUCAUUGCCGCCCAUACGAAGGAAAAAGACUUCUUCGAGAUCAAAAUCCAAAAGUAAAGACAACGGCAGCAAAUGCAAGCGUAUCAAGUCGUACGAUUACUCUGCGUGGGAUAACUUCGAUGCCGAUAAGGCAUGCGAGGAAAUUGAUAAAGAGAACGAGUCGGAGGACUCAGGAGAGGAAUUACUGAGUAAGGAGGAGCUAGAAAAAAAUCAUGAGGAGGCAACUAAGCACAAAGUCAUGGGGAAUACUUACGUUAAACAGCAAAAAUGGGACAAAGCUAUGGCAUGCUACAGUGAGGCCAUCAAAGUCUUCCCAUAUGACGCAGUUUUUUGGGCGAAUCGAGCUCUGUGUCAUCUGAAAAUGGAUAAUUUGUAUUCAGCAGAAUCAGACUGCACGUCAGCCAUCCAAAGAGAUGAGCAUUACGUAAAAGCUUAUCAUCGACGAGCCACUGCCAGAAUGGCAUUGAAACAGUACGUUGAAGCUGUCGAGGACCUGGAGAAAUUAUUAUCCCUCGAGGGCCACAAUAAAGAAGCCAAAAAGAUGCUCGCAGCCGCCCAGAAGGCACUGCAAACUUCCAAGCCAGUAAUUUUAAAUACCACAAAAACUCAGGAAACAGUAUCGAAAUCAGAGAAAGACGAGAAGCCAACGAUUACCCUCAAGAUCGUUGAUGUACAUAAGACAGAAGUUAGUGAUGAGAAAUUUUUAGACAAAAAAUAUUUGAUAACUGACCAAGGGACUUCGAAAGGUGGAGAUGGGAGAACUAAAAAUUACCCAUGGUUGCCUGACGUUGGGGACGAUGUUCAGGAGAUUGAGGUGAUUAAUAAACUGCCGCAUCAAAGAUCAAAGAAACCUCUAAGAUCAGUGCCUAUAGUAACUUCGAAUCUGUCGCAACUUUCCAUGAACUCUACUGAUCCGUCACCGGUGAAACCUCAGGCCGAAAAUCAUUUGGAAAUGAAUUCAUCGGGGGACAGCCAUGGCAAAGCAUCGGAAGUAUUUUCAGUUGAAAAAUUAGUCUUACCCCCAGUUCCAAGAACAGCAGUGCAGUUCGCAAUGAAUUGGAGUAAAAAUAAAUCACCUGAAUUUCGCUACAAAUACUUGAAGCAAAUUCCAGCAGAAUCAAUUCCAAAAGUUUUUCAAGAUUCAAUGGAAUCGAGUACAUUUAGUGAAAUUCUGAAGAUCCUUUCAACGCAAUUCGUUCCUCACAAAGACUCAGUGUUCCAGUAUCUCAGUCACUUGACUGAAAUCAAGAGGUUCAGGAUGUUAACGAUGUUCAUGUCAAAAACGGAGAAGGAAGAUUUGGAAGGAUUGUUCACCUAUUGCAGAGCAACGGAAUCACGCCAAGAGGACGAGAUGGACACACUGCGUUCCAAGUACGAACUAUGAACCCCGUAUUGAUUCAACAAGUCUAAAAAACCGUGAUACUAUCGUUAAAAGCAAGUAAAAACUCAAAGCUUUAUGCAGAUUAUUUUUUAAUAACUUUAAGGACUAAUAAAAAGUAUUCUGAAACGUUAAUAACAAUUCUACGACUCAAUACUAUUAAGUCAUGAAACAACUCUCCAUCCAUCUAUGCAUUAAAUAUUAAAUAAAU